AUGGAUAAAAUGGAAACAGCUCCUAAAAGAGUUUUCAUCAGUCUCCCAAAGAAAUACAUUGUGGAUUUAUCCAAAAAUUAUAAUUUGGAACAUGGGUUAUUUGUAAAAGGUUUGAAUCCCUAUUUGAAUGAGGGAUAUAUUCAGGCAUAUUUUAGGGAAUGGGGAAAUGUCACCGGUUGCAAGAUAAAGAAAGCCUCAAAUGAAAACAACAAGGCAGUGGCAUAUGUGAGAUUUGCAAGUGAGAAAGAGGCAGACAUAGCUGACUGGAAUGGCCCUCACUUUAUUGGAGGAACUGAAGUGACCGUGAGAAGAGUGGUUUGUCCUAAGGUGGAGGGAGAAACAGAGGAGCAAAUGUCUGCAGUGUUGACUAAACCUCGGCCACGGCGCUCCAUGGGUCUGGGAUACAUACUUGAAGAUGCCCAGUGGUUAGAUGAUGAGCUGGAUGACUAA